UUUAAAUGGAACAACAAGGUAAUUAAUCACAUGGCUUUGAGCGAAAUUUAUUUGUAAUUUAGUGUAUGGUGUCAGUCCUAGUAUCCCUCAGCCGGAUGAAGCAACCUCAGAAAGGAAUGUAGCAGGGUAUCAGAAGAAGAAUAGGAAAAGAUUCAGUAAAAGUGGAGUAAAGAGACCUAAAAGUAACCGAUCCAGCUCAAAAUAAUUCCAAAGGCCAGCCAAGGGUUCAGACUGCUCAUCAUUUCAAAGCAGAAAGGAACUCAAAUGUGAAUGAGGAGUAUGUAUAUAACCAAACCCCAGAGAAAAGUUCAGACUAUCUUUCAAAAGUUCAAACUUUGAUUAAAAAUUAUGGAGGAGGUGAUGCAUUAGCUAAAUCUGCUACAAUGUUGAAAAUUCCAAAGAAAGCCUUAUUCAACAACAACACGAGAAUGACUAUAGAUACUAGAACGAAUGAAGUUAAGAGGAUCAAGCCGAAAAGAUCCAAACUUGAUAAAGAGAAGCUCUAUGAUCAAGUCAUAGACUACAAAAACCAAAUGAAUGAGUUCAGAGAAGAAAAUAUCAAACUCAAGACUCAACUCAAACAGCUUGAGAAAGAGCAGCUAAACAACGAAGCUCUAGCUGAGGAGAUUAAGCAGGGCCAGCAACUUGUUGGCAGAAUGGGAAAGAGCAUGACCAGACAAAGAGAAUCAUUCCUUGCCCUUGCUCUUAAGAAGCAAGUUGCUGAGCAGAGGAACAUUAUCAGACAGAAAAACUCAGAAAUUGAUGAACUCAAGAAAGCUUAUAAGCACACUAGGAUAAAUGAACUAGAAACUGACCAAAAGGUCUAUAUAGAGGAACUUAUGAGGAUGCGCAACAUUCUUGAACAAGUCUUAAAGACCAAAGAUCCACUGAUGAAUCCUGAAACAGCAGAGAGAAUCGAGAAUGAUCUCAAGAUCAAUGAAAAUAAAUUGAAAAAUGUCAGGAAAGAAAACCAGGAACUAGCAGAGAUCAUUAAGACCAAAGAUCAAGAGAUCCUUGAGCAAAAUGAAAAGUUAAAAGACAAAGAAACUCGCAUUGAAAAACUCAGAGUCUCUGUUAAAGAGAAAAAUAAACUGAAGCAUCAGCAAAGAGAGAAGAACAAGGAACUCUCAAAGGUCAGGAAUGAACUAAUCUUGCUUCGUGCCCAGACAGGUGCUAAAGGAAAGCAAGAGAUGGAUGUUGUCCUAAAGAGCCAAAACGAUAUGCAGAAAGACCAAAUCAAUAACAAAAAUAUUGCUAUUAAUUCUCUCAAACAGGAAAAGAAGAAAUUGGCUAGCAAGGUUACCUCCUUGUCUAAGAAGCUGGAUGAGCUGCAGGCUAGUCUUGAUGAUGCCAACAAGAAACUUAAGAAAGAAGCCAAACAAAAGAAGUAUUAUGAAGGGCUUUAUAAAGAAGAGAGAGAGAAAAAUCUUGAUUUACAAAGCCAAACUCCUAAAAAAGCAGUUCAGGAAAAAGAUAGUGUCAAGAACGCAAGGCCAAUUAGCGCAAGUAUCCAUGGAAGAGGGAUAGCCAGUAGCCAGAAACUUGAGGAAGUCAAGGAGAAUAUCUUUGAGGAUGCUAUUGACAAUAAUAUGGGAGAUAAAAGUCAAGAUACAGAGAAUAAGUCUAAGAAGAACCUCAAUUCACCAAUCGAAUUGAAACAUGUGAGGCCCAUAGCUUUCUCUUUGAGAUUACAUAUCUCAGAUAUGGGAAUAGAUAGCUUGAAGUCUGUAUUCUCAGAUAUUUCUUUCACUCUAAAUUCCUUCAAAGACAGAGUUCAGAAAUUAUUUAAACUUGAGAAUGAAGAUGGGUUGAAACUUGCAAGGUAUAUUUUUGAGAAAGAUACGGUUCGUCAUAAUGGCAAAAUUGAAUUUGAACCAGAGAAAUCUCUUUUAGUAGCUACUAUCAUCAAAGAGCUAGAGAUCCUCUGCACUAAGGAUAUCAAAUUUAAUGCUCCUCUUUACAAAAGAAAAGACACAGAGAUUCUUGAGAAAUCAAUUUAUGAGAAGAUCAAAAAAAGCAAAAGUUCGAUCAGCGAACUCGUAGAAGAGGUUAUGUCUUCCUUCGCAAUUGAUGACGAAGACCAGACAGGUUAUCUACGUGUUGACAGUGUACAAGAUAUAAUUGACAUGCAGGACCUCGACCUUGACGAUGAAGAACUCCAAUACUUCUGUAGUAAGAUGUUUAAGCCAGACAAACAAGGUGUGCAUAACCUGUAUUACAAAGAGUUCGAUAUGUGGCUGAAGCAUAUUUCUUCAAAAUUUGAACCUAAGAAAAACCCACCCAGAGCUGUGGAUAAAAUCCAGCCUCAAAAACAAGAGCCUCAUAAUCUUGGUAACAAUAUUUCUGAUUCAAGUAAAAAAUUUGAUGAAAAAGAUAAAACUGGGGAUUCCUUCAAGAAAAUUGAUGAAUCCAAUGUAAAAGAUGACACUAAUCAAUUUGAAGAAAGUAGCAGGAAGGAUUUUGCUCUCUCUGAAGAUAAGCCUGAAAGUCCCAAGAUGAGCCCUUCUAAGCCUGCUGAAGAAUCUUUCUAUGAGAAUAAAGAAGAAUCAAAAAUCUCUAAUCUAGAAGAGUCAAAUCCUGAGUUAAACAGUGAAGAUAAGAACCCUGAAGAGACACCUAACCCAGUAAACCUUCAAAAUGAGAACAUAAGUGGAGGUCCAAUUGAUAUCUCUUCCUCCCAAAAUAUGAAGCCGGCUAAGAAACGAGGUGAGAGUACUGAAAAGAAGUCAUCUUCUUCAAAGGCAGCUCCCAAGAGCAGUUCUCAUGACUCUAAUAAUCAAAAGGAAUCAGAUGAUGAAGACCUCUUCCCUGAAAAUGAGAGUGAGAAGAAUAUAUUUAGUGAGGAUUACCCUAGCUAUAAGAAGGAUACACCUAAGACAAUGAAGAAAGAUGUCAAAGAGGAAGAACCUACUCCAUACCAGAACAUAGCAAAGAAAGAUUCCUCUAGUAAAGCUCUGGAUAGCUCUAAAGAGGAAGAUGCUUCUAAAAAAUCUAAGAAAAAAGUGGAUAUAGACCAAUUCAAACCUCUAGGUCUCAAGAUCCUUGCAGACAUCGUCACUUAUGUGAGUCAGAACCCUAAUACAGACCUAUUUGGGGAGCAUGUAUUUGUGCAACCUGUUAAGUCUAAGAAUAAACAGACAGAUAUUUAUGUAAUAGAGGCAGAGAACUUCUUUGAGAGUCUUGAAUUGUUUGGUAUUGUCACAAUGCCUAUAAAUCCUGUUCAUAAGAAAGAGCUGAAAGAAGCUAAGGAUAAUAUGCAAGAGCUUCUUUGUAUAGAUCCUAGUUUUAAAGACCUAUUGUUGAUCAAAAAGAUUAACUAUGCAGUUAGUCAGCUCUCCAAUGACCCGAAGAUGCUAGAGAAAGCUAAGUCUUAUGGAUAUACCUCUAUCCAUGAUCCGACUCCAAUCAAAAACCAAGCAGAUUCAGAUUCAGAGAAGGACAACAACUCUUAUGAAGAUGAGUUCAUCGAUGAUGAAGUCGAGGAGUCGAAGUCAAAUUUACAAAAAUCAAGCCUGGAUAAGUCUCCACAGAAGAUUGAUGAAUCCAUCCCUGAUGAUAAUGAUUACGGGACCACUUUUGAGGAAGCUAAAAUCUCAGCUUCACUGCAGAAAUCAUCUCCUUCCAUAAAGAAGAGAGCUGAUACAACAGAUGAUCAGAUUUAUUCGAAUGAUUUUGAUUCCAAGAAUGCUGCUCUAAAAACACCUGAUACCUCAAAGGAGAAUAUCAAGGAAUUUAGUGACCUCCAAAAGCAGGAGAGUUCUGACAAGAAGGAGAAGUCUUCCAAGCAGGACUUUUACAAGCAGAAUAAAAUAGUUGAUGACGACUCUGAUGAAAUUAUUGAUGAUUACCAAUUCUAA